AUGCAAACAAACCAGCAACAGGUCAUCGAGUUCUUACAAGAACAUCCCGAAGCGCUGGAUGUGCGCGUCGAACGAUUUCAUAUCGCCAACAACCUCCAUAUGUUCGGCGCCACGAGCGAUCUCCUCGACAAGCUCACCACUUUUGAUCGAGUCCACCGCAUCCAGACCCCGCGUGGAGCCACGGGGCAGGGGGGGUGGUUGGAAGCAUCGACACGGGGGUCAUCUACAAACACGAAGCCCUCGAGCCCAACUAUCGCACGGCGUACGGCUGGUUUGACCCGAGCACAAGAACUCGGUACCCGACGACUCGAGCGGCCACGGCAGCACACCAUGGGCACGAUGGUCGGCCAAGGCAGCAUCGGCGUUGGUCCCGGUGCCACGUGGAUUGCGUGCCGCGGAUGCACCGUCAGAAAGUGCCCCGAAGGAAGUGGCGUAGACGGCAUGUGCUCAGUGGAUGCUCUGUCCCACGGACAUGAUAGGAACCACCCCCACUUCGACCCGUGGCAAUAUGCCGAGAUCAUUCCCGUGGCUGCGAACGGCAACAACGGGCCUGCAUGCGCCAGUGUCACCUCGCCCGAUGACUACAAAAACGUGAUCGCGGUGGGGGUGGUGGCGAUAGACGACUCUCUCGCUGUCUUUAGCCUCGAGGGCCGCAUCAAGACCGAUGUAUCCAUCCCUGAAUACAAGAUUCGGUCGGCGUGGAAUGAGAGCACCAUGCCGUACAUCACCGUGUCCGGCAUAUCCAUGGACACCCCAUGGUUUGCACCGUUUGCGGAUACGGCACCACUGACGCCGGACAGAAAAAAUGGUGGCGGGGUGCCAGAUAUCACGGACUUGGACGACCACCAGUCCGUUGGUGGCGACCCAAUCCGUACCAACAGAACUGGUGACCCCCUUGCCAACUCCCUCCCCACCGACCACCUCACCAGUUCCAAAGGCAAGUUGCAGCUGCACCGGAUGCAAUGGAUGCUGCUCCACAACGCUGUAUUACUGCUUUCCCCCAGAUGGAAUCCGUGCUGUGCCACCUACUGUGCCUACAAAACGAUAUUGUGUGGGAAUUAA